UCUUCAGUACUGGGAGAGCUGUCAAAGUAAACGGAUUUUGGGUUUCAGACGCUUGCUAUUUUUUAAUUUAUUGUUGAAAUUUUGUUACUUUGUAUGAAAACAUUGCUAAUAAAUUAUUUAAAGUAUAAAAAAUAAAAUGGCAAAUCUGGAAUCAAUGAUUGUAGAAGAAAAACCAAUUGUUAAACAAGUUGAUAGAGAAAAGACCUGUCCGCUAUUGCUACGUGUUUUUUGCUCAACUGGAAGACACCAUUCGGUUUCAGAGUACAUGUAUGGCAAUGUACCAUCAAAUGAGCUACAAAUAUACACCUGGAUGGAUGCAACGCUGCACGAGUUAACAUCUCUAGUACGGGACGUCAAUCCAGACACACGUAAAAAAGGUACAUAUUUUGACUUCGCAGUAGUUUAUCCAAAUUUCCGGAAUAAUCACUUCCAAAUGCGUGAAAUCGGCGUUACUUGCACUGGACAAAAAGGAGCUGAUGAUAAUAAGACACUGGCACAAGCAAAAUUCUGUAUUGGAGAUUUUAUUGACAUUUCGAUCACACCGCCAAAUCGUAUGCCCCCGAUGCGUCGCCAGGCACGUUAUUAAUCAAAAUAUAUGUAAGGAGU